AUGCCGUCUCUGCCUGAUUUCACUCACCGCAACACUGGCGACCGCAGUCGGAGCAGCAACCGGGCUCUGUCACCAGCACGGAAACGGCCGGCCCGCUCCAAGGAGCAUGAAAGGGGCGAGUUGCCGUUCGCUUCGGGACCGCUACCAUUUCCCAUGCUCAUUCGCACCCACAAGCACACUACACCGCCUGCAAGAGAUGACGAUGCCGCAGUCUCUCCGAAAGAGGGCCGGGAGAGCCGGUGUGGAAGCAAAAUGCACAUUGACAAGCACAACCCGGCCACCGACGACUACGACAUGGACAGCAAGCCUGGCGAUGACAGCUACGACGACGACAGCACGGACAGUGAUAGCGAAGAUGACGAAGACGUCUCGUGCUCGCUACAGCGUCCAUUGGCCCCCAUGCGGUGGCCGUCAUCUGAUGCAAAGCCGACUAUGCCACUGGAUGGCCAUGGAGACCGGAGGCAGGUCUCGGGUAGAGGCAGAGAUGACAGUAGCCCGGCCCGGCCGCGCCUAUUUCCGCUGCGAUGGCCCCUGAAGCGGCUUCGGAAGAAGCGGAAGCGGGAAGCAUCGCCGUGCAAGCCGGCACCACUGCUGCCUCUGCAACCUCCAGGGAACGGACGUAGCUGGGAGCAAGAAGCCAGGGGGGGGUCCGAGGGGCCCGGCAAGGACGACAGCGACAGCAUGGCCGUCCGUCUGACCCUUCGAAGACGGGUGCCUCGAGGGCCUCCGGGUUUGGGGAUGAUGCGUGCCGGCGACAUGAUCCGAAGCCUGGUCACGGAGGCGCGACGGAACAAUGAAAUGUACGUGCUCUACAAAUUCGACCGUGUGGACGAGCUGGGAGGACGUCGUCGGGGAGAUCGGAGGUAA